AGAUGCAACGCUGGAAUCAAAUAUUCAUAGCCUCACACAAAUCAAUAUUCAUAUUGCUUGGGAUGUUCGGAAAUAUUCACCUGAUAUACAUAAUUCUGACGACUUCCAGUUUCAGAAGUAAAGCAUCAUAUCUACAAUGCAUUCAAAGCUUUGCUCAAGUGUUUUGUAUUUUGAACAGCUGUAUAGAUGUUUAUCUAAUGCUAACCGAUAGUGUUAUCCUACGUCAAACUUGUUUCAAUAUAACAUUCUCAACUGUUUUUUGUUAUUGUGUUCAGUCAACAAUUAUGUUUUUCAUUUUAUUGGAUAUUCUGAUAUUAGUAGUAUUCCCAGUGGCCCAUAGAAAUACUGGAACCUUGAAAUAUGUGCUGAUUAUGUCAACUAUACCGUUUAUCUGGGGCGCUGCUGUAGUGACAAUCGGGUACCAGGCUGAGGAAAAUCCAACUUUACAUUUAUGCAAUUAUUUUAUAGCUCUACAGCGCCCUCUUCGAAGAGUUUUAGCAAGUGCGACAGUUAUUUCAAAUACAUUCAGUCUGGUCGUUUUUGUGAUUUUGAUCUCAAUUUUUUGGAAAAAAGGAAAAACUAGCAAUGAAAGCUCAAAAACAAUGCGACAUUUAAAGUUCUCAGCUAUAAUAUUUAUUAUUUCCAACUAUUUAAGCGUUUUUGUCAUCAACGCAUUUAUACUUUAUGGUUAUGCCGGUGACGAAUUAAAUGGAGUCAUUGGAAACAUCUCAAUUUUCUCGAUGAUAUCAUUCACUCAUACAUUCUAUACAAUAAUAUGGCGAUCAAAAGAUUAUCGAAAACGAUUUUUUCGAAUGUACUGUACAGCCUACGGACCUUCUGUUACAAUGGUGGUUCCAACCGCUCUCAAGAAUACACCGCCAAGUGAUAAUUGACAAUUAUUUUUGACAACUUUUUGAAUAAAUGUAACA